AUGAUUAGACAUGCCAAUAUGGAUCCUGUGUUGACUGGGGCUGGUCAGCGCGUGGCAAGAGGUGCCACUACAGGAGGGUGCUACUAUGCGUGGCUUCCGCGAGCUGUAGCUGAUGCCAUGACACCUCGCCUGAGCUUCCUGGCCGCCUUCUUGCGAGUUGUCGGCGGCCGGACUCUGCCAGCAAAGAACGAGCUGGCGAAUGCGUGCUACUUCACGUACCGUGUCGGAUAUGUGAUUUGCGACACCAGCUUGGGCCCAGCUGAAGCCCAGAAAGAGAUGGAGGCUGGUCGCUGCAACGAAGAUUUCCGGUUGAUGGGCUCUGACUUUCAGCGAUUGGUGACCAGCCACUAUGUCGAAGGAGCACGGCCCCCGUUCGAAGAGGCCAUGUGGCUUCUGACCUCGCCCGACCACUUCCAGAGCCGCACGCUGUCAGAAUGCCCGCCUAUGCAGAUCUUGGCAAAUUUCUUGUACGCGGAGGCGUUGCUGUUCAUGGAUGGUUCAUCGAGGUUCGGUGAAUCUGCUGCCUUGGUGGCGCAUGCCAUGUCACAGCUGCGAGAUGUACAGCAUGAAGUUUUGGAAGCACUGGGGCGCACGUGGCCACUGGACCUUGCAAAGCGAAAGUUUGAGGAACAUUUUCUUUCUGCAGAAGAGGCCCGGCGACAAGAAGCCCGUUCCAAUGGCCUUCAGGCAAGCAUCGUCAUGUGCCGAUGUGGCCUUCAAAGUCUGACUUGGCUGACUGAGCUCUUUCCUGAGAAUGCCGCUGUGCAAAUAUUCCUUUAUGACACUUGUGGUCCUUCUCAGAAGUCUUGGGGCCUUCCAGAGGUAUUGUCUGCAGCCGACUUCAAACAGAAAUGUGCACGCGAACCCGAUGUUGUUGAAGCGAAAGACGUGACCGACUGCCCGGUUGAACUGAUCCUGCAGCAUUUGCUGAAGUAUGGCUCCAACGAGGCAGCAUUCCUACUCUUCUUGCCAUCGCUUCCACCAGUGGAGUACGAACAGCAGCUGUACACAUUGGUCGUGAGGAGCUUGGCCCGGAGGAUGCUUCGUGCGGACUUCGUUCAGCUUGGGCAUACACGGUCAUCGCCAAAAGCAUUGAACUCCUGCCAAAGAGCUGUUUUGUCAGAAGCUGGCAUCCAUGGCCACGUAAGCGGGUAUGAAUCACCCCGGUUUGUUGUCAGUGCGGAACGCAUCUCAGCGUCGCUGCCACGUGCUCGUGUAGUGUUGCUUGCCUUGGAGACUGCCACUGAAUGUACAGGGCAAGCGUGGGAAGACAUUAUGCGUGGCUUGUGGCAUACUGUCUUUGGAGAGGCUGCACUGCUCCCAACUCGUGCUGACAAUGUGCAAAUUCCUAUUUUUUUGCGCGUGCUUGAUGGCCCCAGCGGGUUUGCCAAGACCAGGAUGCCAAAGUCGUCUGAUUAUUUGGAUUGGGCAGCCACCGCCUUGCUUGAGACUUGA